UUCCCGGUUUGGGUAUUUUUCAGCCAUGGCUCGGGAGAACGGAGAGACCGGCGGAGAUUGCUCGUGGAAGAAGCAGGUCAAUGAUAUCAAGGAGAUGUUUGAAUUCAAGGAGGUGCUCGGGACGUGCCGCCGAUGGGUGAUUGGCGUUUUCAUGGGACGCUGAGGACCAGCUCCUUGAUGAUCUGUAUUUCCAUGGGAACGCUGAUUGCCUAGCUCAUCAGCGGAUCGACGGCACCUGUCCCUUAUUUAUUACCUCUCCAUAUAUGCUCUUCUCGUGUUGAGUCCGGUGUCAAAUCUUUUGUAGUAUUGUGGUGCUGUUUCUUAUCCAGUCGGUCUUUUCCUGUUCCUGUGAUUACUGCAGUCGGUUUCUGCUUUUUGAGUUUUUCAAGUUUAUUAUUCUGUUUCUGUUUUUUCCCCCUCGGGUGCAUUCUCAGAGGUAGUCUUGGCAGAGGAGCGGGCAACAGGGAAGAUGUUUGCUGUCAAAUGUAUUCCUAAAAAGGCCCUGAAGGGGAAGGAGAGCAGCAUCGAGAACGAAAUUGCAGUUUUGCGCAAAAUCAAGCAUGAGAACAUUGUGUCUUUGGAAGACAUCUAUGAAAGCUCCAAUCACCUCUACCUUAUAAUGCAACUUGUAUCUGGAGGUGAGUUGUUUGACCGGAUUGUGGAAAAAGGUUUCUACACAGAAAAAGAUGCCAGCACACUCAUCAGACAAGUACUAGAUGCUGUAAACUACCUCCACAGUAUGGGCAUCGUACACAGAGAUCUCAAGCCAGAGAAUCUGCUUUAUUUCAACCCUCAAGAUGGCUCAAAGAUCAUGAUCAGUGAUUUUGGCCUGUCUAAGAUGGAGGGCACCGGUGAUGUCAUGUCCACAGCCUGUGGAACACCAGGAUAUGUGGCUCCAGAGGUUCUUGCUCAGAAGCCGUACAGUAAAGCUGUUGACUGCUGGUCUAUCGGAGUCAUUGCCUACAUCUUACUGUGUGGUUAUCCUCCCUUUUACGAUGAGAAUGACUCCAAACUCUUUGAGCAGAUCCUGAAAGCGGACUAUGAGUUUGAUGCGCCAUACUGGGAUGAUAUAUCUGAUUCAGCAAAAGACUUCAUCAGUUGUUUGAUGGAAAAGGACCCUGCUAAGCGAUACACGUGUGAUCAGGCCCUUCGACAUCCCUGGAUUGCAGGGGACACAGCGCUCUGCAAGAACAUCCACGAGUCCGUCAGUCGACAAAUACGCAAAAACUUUGCAAAAAGCAAAUGGAGGCAAGCCUUCAACGCUACGGCCGUGGUGCGCCACAUGAGGAGACUGCAGUUGGGUAGUAGCAUGGGGAGCAGCAUGGAUGCAUCUAGCACCAACAACCGCAUACUGAACGCAAACCAGACUUCGAAUCUACCGCCGAUCCAAACAUCAAACCAAACACCAAAUGCGACCGCAUCGCUUGGCCAAAACCACAAACCUGCUCAGAAUGCAAAUACAGUACUUAUUAACGACAUGGCAACAGGCACCAACUCUACAGCGCGCAAAGACUGUACUGCCCCUCCCCACACUUCCUGUUCUCUGGCAUUAACCUCUACAGCUUCAGGGGUGGAGCCCUGCAGGCCUCUUCCCCCUUCGGUUGCGUCGGUGACCACAGUGUUAACUGGGACCAAGUGACGCCAGGUUAUGCGGGGAGAGAGCUGGGAGGCCACUGCCCUGUAAGCCCCACCCCUCAGCCCUCUCCCCGCCCUGCCAUCAAAGAAAGGCAGAGGACUGACCCAUCGCCAUAGCAACCACCAAGAGGCUAAAAAACUGCACGCAUCUAAUGCACUCCACAAUCUGACCUGCCAUUUAACCUCCAGGCCACUAGAGGGUGCAAUGCAUGCAGUGGCAGAUGAAUUUAAGCAGAAGGCUUCCAUUUUGAGAAGUGAAUUCAUGCGGCUGGACAGAACUGUGACAUCUUUGCUAUGAAUGUGCUAUGAUCCUCGCCAGCCUUGUUACUUUUCGGAAAAACAAAUGAGUUGUAAAACUGCAGAGGUUUCAUUCCGAAAGUGUGUGCAUGAAUGUGUCCGUCCUUAUAAGAGGGUGGCACCAAUGUAAAACAAUUCUUACUAUAGCUUAACACUUCUAGCUCUUCCCUCUCUCUCUCCACCCUGAUUUCCUGGUUUACUUUAUUUAUCUACUCACGAUUCUAUUAUAAUUACUGUUAGCUACUACCAUUUCUGAUCUUUAGAGUUUUUUCACAGAUUCGUCAUGGUGACCUGCAGAAGUGUUUUUAAAAUAAUGUUAGACUGUUCUGCGACAUUUGCUUAGUUGAGACUUUAAUUGUUUGCACAUGGGCUGCGAGAAAGAACGGUUCACUUGAAUUACUGUAAAAUUGCAGUUUAUACUCACAUAUGAAUGGGAGAUUAAUGGUUUGAGCUCUUACGAUUGGGUUUAAUCAUGCAUUUUAAGAUAUCUGUUUAAACAUGCAACAUGUUUGAUUGUUAUCUUACUAUACUGGACUUUAAACACAGGGACAGGCUGGAGCAAAUGCAGUUUGACGAAGCUUCUUCCUGCUAUUGUCUGCUUUAAAUGUGACUUUGAAUUCCACAUACAGUCAAAGUCAGUAUUGGAUUACGGAAUAUAGUACAACUGUUAAUACACAAUGCAAACACACACACAAAUCUCCCAAAAAGCCACGUCAGCGUCUUUCUACGCCCAGUGUACGAGUUCUCAGGGAAUUCCGCAGUUGCACUGGGCACCACACUGAUGGUAUUAUAGUAACGCCUCCAUGGUUCAAGAUUACCUCAUCCAGCCAAGAUAAUGUGAAGACUGGAUGAGGAUGAUCGACAACUGUUUAAAUUUGCCACAGCAUUCUCAUAAGGAUUGUAAGACAAUUUGACAUGGUGGAUAAACUGAUAUGUAAUGCUGCAUUCCCAUCAUGUCAGAAUUACCGUAAUUAGUUUUCAACAUCAAAAAUCGUUCGACUUUUCGUAAUCCGAAUUACAAGUUGAAUUUUUUUUAUUUUAUAAAAGCUCCACUUGAUUAUUGUGACUUCAUGUGAAAACAACCAAAAUGUGAUGAAAUCUGACUACAAAGUAAUUAGUUACUUUAAUGGAAUUACUGUUUGACAAAAAGUAGUGUAACAAAUUACAUUUUAAAUUCAGAUUACAAUCUGAAUCUUGUAAUUAGAUUACAGUUACUGACUUUUUGACUUUUUUUGAGUAACUUAAAAAAACACUGGUCCAUUUUUCGACAUUAAAAUACUUCUAUCCCAUUAUUUUUGCAUUUCUGUUUGGUGAUGAUAGUGGUGGAGAAAAUGAUCCCCCUUUAAAGGUAGUUAGGAGGUUACCUCUUAUAAUAUGUCAUAUUAUUACAGCCAGUGUUACAUGGUGCACUUUGUUCUUCAAGAUUUUGCAAAAGAAUAAAGGAGUGAAUUAAUGUAGUGAUUACGCAAUUUGCUGUCAUCAACAGCAAAGCCACUUGUGGAUCCAAUUAGCAUUACAUGUUUUGCCAUAGAAAUUAAUUUCUGAGUCGGAGGAAGUAAACAACUCUUAUUUCUUAAAAACAACUCAUAAUUCAUAAUUACGGUCAUUCCGACAUGCAUGCAGCACAAAUAUAAGAACGUUUUACUGACUCUUAAACAUAUUUCCAGUAUAACUCAAAGUGGCUAAAUUUAAGCAUUGGUUUAAGGGCUACUGCAAGUUAAGGUUUAUUCACUUCCUUAAAGAGGGUCUCCUGUUUAAGCCAUCCCGGAUGGCUCUCAUAUCAUGUGGUCAUUUUGAAAGUGACUUAUGUCUUCUUUGCCCUUUAUGCUUUGAUAAUAUCACAGGAAGUAAACUUAUCUGCAGACACAGGGGUUUUUGAGUAUGUGACAUUUUCCAAACUGCCAUCGAACAUAUUCAUGCAUUUUUCAUCAGUUUCAUCGUGAAUAUUUGUUUCAGUGUAGGCAAAAAUGUGAUGGUUUUUCAGCAGCUCAUUAUCAUGUGAGGUUAAAGCUAAUGGAUUUGUUUUUCAAUCCGGUCAUGCAUGUACCAUUUUGUCUUCGUUUUCACACUCAAGAGGAGUUUGUAAUCUCUGAUAUACUCUGCAAAGCAUUUAAGAAAAUCACUGGGGCAAAAUAUGCUUUGUUUGAGGUUGUUUGAAGAAUACUGCACAUUUCUGUUUAUACAUGUGGAGUCACAGUGUAAGCAUGAGGCGCUUGUAAAGUGAAAAUUGUUUAAAGAAAUACAAGUUCACAUCCAUCGACAGUAUCUGUGACAUACUGAUGAUUACCAGAAAAAAUGAUUUCAACUUGUCCCUCAGUUUGUAAAGAUAAACAUAAAUCAUGUUCAUUUCCUAUGUCGGCUGAAAGAAAAGGCAUUCAGAAGAGUUUCAACCAUAGGGCCUAAGUGUGGAGCUUGUAUAUUAAGCACUUAAGGGUCCGUUCACAUUGAACACAUAUGUGUGUCUGUCUGGGCUGUUUUUUAUUGUUUGUUUCUGUGGAAACAUCCGCUAAACCGACAUCUUUGACAGUUGCGCUAGCGUCUUAUUUAGCAUCAUUUGCGGUAAUGAGAAUAUAUAGUGCCAGAGCAGGUCAUAUAGACACAACUACAGCAUUUUUGAUAAUAAAAAGUGAGAUGUCAAGUGUCCAGGCAGUUCAACAGCUUUACAAUAUACAGAAAAGGCUUGACGGACACCAAAGUUUUUAAUUCUAUUAUCCAGAUAGUGAUGUUUGGAAUGUCAAAGAAAUUAUUAUUUUAUUUUCUAUUGGAUCUUGAGUACAACAUACAUCAUUUCAAAUAUAUUUAUUAAUUAUUUAGAAUUGAUUCAAUAGUUUUAAUUUUGAAGCUGGGUGACAACGUUAACACAAUGUUAAAGUCUUGUGGCUAAACAUUGAAAAUAGCGUGUCAUCUUUAUUCCAGUGCAAUGCCUUGCCUCAAAGCCUUCCAUUGUAAGUUACAAACUGAGAAACUAGUUAAAAUUAUUUUGUGGUAAUUAACACAACACAGAUGUUAAUAAAACGUAACUUUUAUUAAACCUGGAACAUUCCAAGUCUUUUUUGCUCAGUGUUUAUGUACUCCGUUUUUGUCAGUGUCACCUUCUUCUGUAUGUAUCUAUAGAAGUAUUUUGCAGGAAACCGGUCUAGGUGGUUUAGAAUUGCAGAAAAUGUGUAAAACCAAUAGGUGGGGGAUGUUUACUGCAAAGCCAAACCACAAAUGUGUUCAAAUUAAUAAUAAAAAUGACGAACUGUAGCAUAUAUAUGAGUAUACACAUAUUUACAUUACUAAAUCAAUUAAAAUGCGUAAUAAAGUACAGUAUACAGUAAAUACUUGCACACAUGUGCCAUGGCUUACACAUUCUGAACAAUCGGUGACUACAGUGCUGGACAGGAUGUAAAACAAGGGUGAAUCUGUAUUAGCUCUCUUUUUUGUUGACUUAUAUUCAAGUUUCAUUGUUGUCUAACUGUGUCCAGAGCAAUCACUCUGUUUGUCCAAAGGCUUUGUAAAUAGAAUGUGACUGUGCCGUGUCUACCAUGUUAUUCCUGAGGAGAUGAUCUGUCCAUGUUCUCCCGAUCAUGUCUCUCAGCUUGUUCUCUAAAUGACACUGCCUGACUGUAAUACACACCUGGUGUUUAGUGAAUUCACAUUGAUAACACACCUGUAUAUAUGAUUGGCUGCUCGUCCCUCGUAACAAUGUGUGUCUCGCUCAAUGUUGUAUGUUUCAAGAAAAUCAUGUUCCUAUUGUACAAAUUUCACUCAAACAACAUCUCUGUUCAAGAUCUACAGUGAAUAUUUAAUGUGAUGCACCUCUUCGGAGAAAUCCUUUCCGAUUCUCUGUUUUGGUACCAACUCAGGCGUCACUUUUGCCUCUUAUGAUAAAAAAGCUGUGACUGACAAGUGUCUGUGCUACCCUGUGACUGUGCAGUUUUUAAAACUCGUCCCUUGAAUGUUGACUUGUUAGCGAAUAACCGCAAAGCAUCUCUAGAGACAGAAAACACCUAUAAGAAACUUGCAACUACAUUGAAUGAUUUUAUAAACAUUUGCGAGCAUGUUAAAUGUGCUUUUCGAUUCAACCAACCUAUUUUCAGAAGUCCUCACCGUGUAUCUAUAUGUAUGAAGAAAUAUGUCUAAAAUAUAAAUAUAUAUAUAUAUAUAUAUAUAUAUAUAUAUAUAUAUAUAUAUAUA